UCAUCAUGAAGAAGAUAUAUUUCAUCUUUAUUCUUUUGAUAUGGAGUUUGCAAAAUUGCCUCUCUGUGGUCAAGUACUUCAUUUUAAUCAUUUCUGUGUGGCUUGUAUAUUUAUCAGAAAGUAACUUUAUAAGGGGAAUUUAGUUCCUCAAGAACUUAUUUUUUAUACAGACAAACUAGGAUGAAAUUUGUCUUUCUUAUCUAGUAGAGUCUCUGUAUAUGUGCUUUAUUGUUUGAUUUAGUCCUUAUAUAAAAGAUGAACCUCUUACUGUGAUAUAGUCUAUAUGAGGGAGCUCAAGUUGGUCUUUCAGUUUGAAAUGUAUAACAUUUGUUCAUUUAAAGGGCUCACUUCUUGGCUUAAAGGCUGUAUUUAAUCUCUCUUGAGAGAUUGAAUUAGGAAAACUCUAGCUUACAUCUAAUGAUUAUGAAUCACAAGGAUCAUUGUGAUAAAGUAGGGCUACUAGCUUCUUUACAGGGAAUUAUUAGUAAUGCUCAGAAUAACCUAUGAAGGGAUUUGGAGCUCAAGUUGAGUGACCAUGAAUAGUUGACUGUAACAAUACUCCCAAGUAAGCUAAUGAGAAUUAAUUUUGUGUAAAUUUGACUAGUCUUUCUGCUUGGCUCACUUAAUUGUAGUGAAAUCUUAAUUUGAAUCAGAUGUUUUAAAAAUUUCGAACAGGUGAUCAACCAACUUAUCCUGCUGCCUCAAUAACCAUGCAUCUCUGGGUAGUUAAUAAAGUUUUGGCUAAUAAAAAAAUUGUUGCUUAAUCUUGGAAGUCUUCUUCAGGCAAAAAUCUUAGAAAUUAUAUCAAGGAAGUUCUGUUUACAGAGUGUUUACUUGAUUCGUACUCUUCAGCUUCGAAAAAUUAGACCCGAGCCACAAAGCUUAAGUUUGUUAAAUUCUUCAUUAAUCCAGCAGCUUCUGGAUUCUUUACCAGCAAAUUUUUGAUUGUCAACUGAAUUUGCUAUUUCUAGAUGAAUUCUUAAGAAUUCUGGUUUGAUUUUUUUAAAUUAUUUUCAAAUCAUAAUGAUAAAUCUUAGUGAAUAUUUUCCAAGUCCCUAUUUAACAUUGGAAAAUUUUCUAAAAAUAAUAGAGAAGAGUCAUUGUCUAAUUUAAAUCCUGAUUCUAAAAUCAUCGCCUGACAAAAGAGUGUUAAUACUACUGAAAACAAAGAUCAAGAAUUCGCAAAAGACAUGAAACUCAAGAUUAAAAAUGGAUGUAAUAUAAUAUUGUUCAAUAAUUGCAAGAUUAUUAUCCAAGCAAACAAGAUAGAAUCAAGUGUUACCUCAGAUAUUCAGAAAUAUGGUCAGAACUUAAAUUUUGGAACUCCAAAAUAUCCUUGCCAGAUCUUCAUCAAGCCAUUGAUUUUACUAAAGAAGGAUUUUAGCUAUAAAAUUGACAGAGAAGUAACUGAUAAGAAAACAAAAGAUGUGAUCAAGAAGCCCUUAAUUACAAAUGGAUCUUAUAGUACUAAUACUCAGAGCAAUAGAGCUUAUCAAAACGCAUCAAUACUCCAAAACAAAGAUUUAAUGAAUGAAAUGGAGAUCCUCCUCUAUAUUUUCUCUGCCGGUGCCAAGCAAUAG